AUGCAUCGAAAUCUUGCUGGAAAUCGUUUUUCUGAUCAUGUUGCUUUACUUAAUGCAUUUCAACAAUAUGAAAGAGAAAAAAAUCGUAAUGGUGAACGUGGUGAAAUGGAUUAUUGUGAACGUAAAUGUCUUAAUUUAUCAACAAUGCGAAUGACUUAUGAAGCACGAG